AGUGACAGUUGAAUGUUUAAUUUAUUUUAGUAACUGAGAAAGUCUCUUGUCUUGUUCAACAAAUGCAGACGCAUUUAGCUUCAAGUUCAGCUACAGAAAAAUACUGAUUUGCAAAGUUAUGAGUUGAAUAUCUUCAUCCUGAUCUGAUGUCAUCAGGAGUAUUACAAUCAAAUGAUGUAUCAGAUGUUUAUUUAUUGUAUAAUAAUUUUAUCCAUCCAACACGUGUCAGCUGAAAUAAAAUGGCUGGCCGUACCACAACAUACAGUGGUUUUAAUCGGACAAGAUCUUGUGUUAAAUUGUUCGGCGGAAGAUACAGAUGGCGCCCAGUUAUCUUACAGAUGGCAGUUUAAUGAAAGCGUCGUUCCUGAUAGACAUUCCUUAUUUCUUAAUCAUUCCUUAUUAAUACCAAGGGUAACCAGUGACGAUUUAGGACAAUAUAGAUGUAUUGUUAAAACAACAACAGGACCUGAAGUUAUCUCCCCUGAAGCCACAGUUAUAGAAGCCUUUAUUGACCAGUUUCUUAUCUAUCCACGAUCAUUUCGUACCAUCGAAGGUGAAACUAUUGUAUUUGAAUGUGUAACAGGAAAGAGUGCCCCAAAGGCGGAAGUAUAUUGGGAGUUAAAUGGUGCGAAAUUUGGCGGAGGAGAACAGUUGUUGGCUUCGUUCGGAGAUUACGACCCGACAAGACUAACCAUGCAAUAUUCUAUGAAAUUACAAAUUAUAGCCCGUCGAAGCGAAUCUGGUACAUUCCGUUGUGUGUCUGUGAAUCCUCUGUUAAAGAAAACCGUUUGGAGUGAAGACGCAUCGCUAUAUGUUGAUAAUAAGGUAGUUCAACCAAAUCUUAUAACGAUAUUUCCACCCAACCAUAUCGUAGCUACUGGUAUAGCAUUUACAAUGAACUGUGAUCAUACAGGUUAUCCAGCCCCUACUGUUAGCUGGUUCCAUGAUGGUGUUGAAUUAGCUAAUACCUCUAGGAUAUAUUUACACCCAAAUGGAUCAAUGACCUUUAAGUCUAUCAGUUUAGAUGAUGCUGGCAUGUAUUAUUGUCUGAUUGUUAAUAGAAUAGGCCGUGCUAAAUCAACAUCUACCAACUUGACUGUAGCAACUCUUGGAAUAUCAUUUGUACAAGAACCUAACAGCAGUACUGUCUUCGCUGGCCAAUCAGAAACUUUAGAAUGUAUUCCACCAAUCAGCAUUCCUCCAGCAACAGUCACAUGGUAUAAAGAUUACCAGCCGUUAAAGUUACGAACUGGUGACAUGUCUGUGUCGGUUGUUAAUACCAUACCUGGGAAUUGGGAUUUACAUUUUUCCUCCGUACAACGAUCCGAUGAUGGAAUAUAUUUUUGUGUUGCUAUAAAUAAUUAUUCUAUACCAACCAGUAGAACGUCUAGACAAGCCGUAUUAACAGUUACAGGUUCACCAUCGAUUAUAGAACCUCCCAGCAAUCAGAGAAUUAUUAAAGGGAGGUUACUCCAACUAACUUGUAAAGUAGAUGGUAAUCCCACACCUACCAUUGAAUGGUUAUUUUCAAAUCUUCCUUUAAGAAUAACGUCUAAAAUUACCUUCAGAAAUGGUGUAGAAGAAUUAAAUAUAGGUGAUAUAGGUAAAGCUGAAGAAGGCAUCUAUACCUGUCUAACUAAAAAUUCAUACGGACAAAAAAGGGCUGAUGCUUAUGUUAAAGUAAUUGUUCCACCAGUGAAUACGAAGAGUUUAGGAUAUAUUGUAUACAACUUGUAUCAAACAGCUAUACUACCCUGUGAUAUAUACAGUGAUCCGUCACCUAAUAUACAGUGGUAUAAAGAUGAUAAACAACUAGUUUCACCACAACUCAGUACAGCCAAUAGUUUGAUAAUAAUUAAUGUUACAACAGCCAACGAGGGAAAUUAUUCUUGUCACGGUGAGAAUGAAGCGGGUAUAGUCUGGUCUAACGGAACAUUGAAAAUACAAGUUCCCCCAAAGAUAACAGAUGGUCCACUGCAUCAAACAGUCUUGAUUGGUCAAUCUGCACGAUUACCAUGUAAGAUCAUAGGUUACCCAAAUCCAACAGUUACAUGGCUUCUUAACGGUACAACUAUAGAUGGUAAUUAUCCUGGUGGUGUUGUACUGACAUCUGGUGGUCAGUAUUUAGAUAUCAAUCUAGUUACCUGGCAACAUGUAGGUGUAUAUACCUGUAUAGCUAAUAGUAGUCAAGGUAGUGAUCAACAGUCAGCGUUUUUACAUAUAAAUGUGCCAGCUCAUGUGGAGAGGAUUCUUGGUAGUAAUAUUGUUCUUAUAAAACAAGAGGUAAACUUACGAUGUGGAGCACAGGGCACACCGCCACCUGUUGUUCAGUGGAUUCAUAAUGGGCAGAUAAUUCAACCAACACCAAACGGACGAAUUAGUUUUCCUUCACCUUUUACAAUAAGAAUUAAAUUUGCCUCUUUACAAGAUGCAGGACCAAUAACAUGCAAUGCAUCAAACAAUAUUGGUAGUUCUCAGAAAUCCGUUCAUAUUUAUAUCAUUGAUACACCAAAGCCUCCAAUAUUAGCAGGCAUCUAUCCUAUAUCUAAAUCAUCUAUUAGAUUAACCUGGGUAAUAGUACCACAACUACAAUAUACUAAUAAUACUUACUAUAGAAUAUAUUAUAAACAAAGAUUAAAAGAAAAUUUUAAAUUGUAUCCGGAGCAGUUAUCACCAACACUGACCAAUUACGAAAUACCAAAUCUAGAAGCAGGGAAGGAAUAUGUUUUUUCUAUGGCAGGUGAAAAUGAGGCUGGUGUUGGAACAAUGAGCAGUCCUCUGUCUGCAUUUACUUUUGAUUCAGGACCAAGUGAACCAAGAGCUUUCCGUGUUGUAAAAAUAGAACCUAGAACUUUAACAGUAUCGUGGGAAAUACCAGAAAUAAAAAAUGGUGACAUCAGAAAAUAUGAAUUACAAUAUAGACAGAAAGAUUCCAUUACACAAGAAAUGAAGUCUGUGAAUGUAUUUAGUCCUAGUAUUCCUACCCAGAUGUUACAUAUAGACGAUUUACUACCUAAUACGAUAUAUCAAGUACAGGUUCGAGCAGCUAAUAUACAAGAUGGUCAGGAUAUCUGGGGUACUUUCAGUACAAUGUUAGAUAUCAAAACACAAAUUGCUGUUCCAGUGUCAAGUCCGAGUGAAGUAAAGACUGUAGUUUUAACAUCGACAACAGUAUCAUUACAAUGGAAGCAUUUACCUGCGAAUGAAACAAAUGGACCAAUCCUAGCCUACAUUAUAUCGUACAACUCAUCUAAUGACCAAUCAGAGAAGAGGGUACAAGGUGACACGGAAUCUACAAACAUUGAUAGUCUAUCCCCGUGGACUAAAUACUCUUUCACAAUAAAGGCUGAAAAUGAAGCUGGAACCAGUCCAAUAAGUUUGCCAGCCAUAGCAACAACAUAUGCUGCAGUUCCAUCUGCUCCACCAAUGAAUAUAAAAGCUGAAGCUAUAUCAUCAGAUAUGAUACAAAUCACAUGGCAGCCCCCUCCUGUAUCAACAUGGAAUAGUCAGUUAAAUGGACAUAAAGUACAAUAUCGGGUAACAGGUACAAUUGACUGGCAAGAAAAAGUACUGGAUGAUAUUAAUCAAAGAUCAAUAAUAUUAAGUAAUUUAUUUAUUUGGAAAGAGUAUGAUAUAAGAUUAGCUGUUUAUACUCUACAAGUGGUUCCAGGAGUUGGACCAUAUUCUACAAUAAUAACAACCAAAACAUUACAAGCUGCUUCUGGGCCAAUAGGAAAUAUAUCCUACAUAGCAACCAAUAACAGUAUUUUGUUGUCAUGGCAACCACCAGAAGAAUUAAAUGGUGUUGUAUUGUAUUAUGUAUUAAAAUAUCAUUCCAGAAAUAGUUCAGAAUUAAAUGAAACAAGUAUUAAAGUAUAUGAAAGUAAUAAAACAGUUUAUAAUCUGGAAUCAAAUACAGUAUAUGAUAUAUCUAUUGGUACGGUUAAUAAAGCUGGUCCAGGACCAUCCGUCUCAACUAUCAUCACUACUUUACCCAAUAAUCAAAUAAAUACUGAUUAUGAUAAUAUAGCAACAGAUUCAACGUCAGAUACACCAUCACCAGUAGAUGGCAGCACCAUAGGGUUCGUUCAAGAUUCUGGCAACGAUAAUCAACCAACGAAAAACAUACCAGUUAUCGUUGGUGGCAGUUUAACGGCCGGGUUAUUUGUCUUGUUUAUUAUAAUACUUAUAAUUUAUAAAUGUGUCAAGAAACGAAGAUCUGAUCGAGAUAAUUACGUGAUACCAUUUGCAUAUAAAUCAAAAAGAUUUUCAUCAAUUACUGAAAGAGAUGAGAAUGGUUCCAAUAGCACAGUCAACACACAACAGACGGAUAUACCUACAACCAAUAAUAGUCAAUCACAGUAUUCUAAAUAUGGUAGUGUAGUACCUGAAGACAAUAUCACACAGACCACCCAAUACGAUAGUCAGGUACCAGAUUUAGUUGUAACACCUCCAUUUUCUUCCACCAGUAAAUCAAACAAUCUUUCAAAAAGACCAGAAAGUUUCCAUGGAGAUUCUAUAGCAGGGUUAGACAAUCCAAAUUAUUUUGAAGAUGAAGUUUUUUCAGCCACUUUACCCAGACCCCAUUCAACAUCAACAAUGACGUCAGAUGAAUUAUAUUCACAGAUGGGUAAAAAAUUAAAGAAGAACAGAAUGAAGAGUGGGAGUGCCGCUGCUAUUGCUGUCAUGAGGAACAGUACGUUAAGUAUCUCGGCUAACGAUACAGAUUCAUUGGUUCAUAAUGAUUCGAUAGUCAUCUACAACGAAAGAACUAUGUUAUGAUACAGUUAACCUUGGGAAUAUUUGGAGGUUUUGAAACCAUUAUAGAAUUUUCUUUUUAAACCCUGAUUUUAAAAAGAUUUUUUUAAAUCUUAAGGAAAAUCUUUAUUUUUAACGCAAGUUUAUUUCUGUUGGACUGUUGUACUUAAUGGAUAAUUUAAGAUUGCUAUUAUGAAGAAUUAGAGCAAUAGGUUUCAUUAAAGAGCUGUAUGAUUCUUUAUUACAUCACAGCUGGCGCCAUCUUAGGCUUGGUAGAGUUAGCUACCCUUGGUAAUAGUCUGACUAUCCCAUUAAAGACACAAUGCCUUAUAAGGAGUAGUGUCAAAGGUAGUCUUCCUGACCAUACAGGAUCUAUACAAAGGCAUUGCUCCUGGUAGAAGUAUUGUACUACCAGUCUAAAGCCAAUCAAUUUAUGUUAAACUUCAAUAUAUUACCAAGGGUAGUUAACCUAUAGCAGUAUUGAUUAAUUCUAAUAUAUCAAAAUAAUUUGUUCAAAGGAAAUUAAUCGAGCUUUAAAUAUAAAGUGUCUCUUGUGUGUUGACUUUGUAUUGGAACAACAGCAUUAUUUUUAAUAUCAAUAUCAUCAUCAUCAUCAUCAUCAUCAUUCAUCAUCCAUCAAUCAAUCAAACCUAAUUAAAGCAUUCCAUUAUUUUAUAUUGCGUUUUAAUCAUAUAUGGCCCCGAAUUCACAAAGCAUUCUCAGACUUAAGUUAAAAAUUUACUCAAAAUUGUUUACCUUAUUUUAACUCAAAUAUAGCCCUUUAUAAAACUUUUGUUGUUUUAAUGCAUCAAAUACAUUAAUAAGAAACUAUGUGCAAAGUUUUGUGUUUCUGGAUCAAAGAUAUUUCUCAUAAAGAGUGAUUGAAAGUUGAGUAAAUACUUUAGUCGGAGAAUGCUUUGUGAACUCGGGGCCCCGUACAUAUUAUUAUAAUACUUAUUAAUUUGUCAUUAAUAUUUUAUUGAUUUUAUAUUUUGUAAAUAUUAUAAAUGAAUUUAACAUAUGAUUGUAAAUUAUAUAUGCAUAUACUAAAUCAUGUUUUGUGCCACAAAUGUCUGAAUUUAAACCUUCACUAUUAGGUCAUAUAAUCUUUAAAUGGCAUUUAGUAACUGGAUAGAAAAACAACAAAAACACAUACUUAUGGAAAACAACUACUAGUGUAUUUUAAGGCGAAUAUUCUCUCAUCGUUAUAAAGCUAAUACAGAUAUGAGGCAAAUAUAUAAAGACAAAUAUAAUGGCAUUUAAUAACUGGAUAGAGAAACAACAAAACACAUACUUAUUGAAAACGGCUAAUAGUGUUGAACAACAGCUACUAGUGUAUUUAAGGCGAUGUUUCGUAGAGUAUUCUCUGAAAGUUAUCAAGCUAAUACAGUAAUGCAGAUAUGAGGCAAAUAUAUAGAGACAAAAUACAACAACAUAAGCGAAACCAUAAUUAUAUUAAUGAAUGUCUUUAAAGAUGUUAUAUCCUUGAUAGUCACCAAAACCAUCUAUCAGAAAACAUCUCCAAACUACUAGAAAAAAUGUCUUUGUUACCAUACCAAAAACAUAUCUUUAGGGAUAUUUCAAUCUGAUUAAAACACAGAUCCUAUUUCGUUUCGUUUUUUAUAGUUCAAAUUUUUCGUUUUACUUGUCUUUACUACACAAGGAUCUGGAAGAGUUGUUAUAUAACCCGUCUUCUGGAUGAUGUGAGGGAUUAGCCAAUGAAACGGUCUGUUACAGCAAGUUUUUGGCCUCUCUCCCAAAGCCGAUAAGAAUCUUUAAUUUACUUUUUUUACUGUUUUGACUUUAUUAUUAUCAGGCCUGGAACUAACGAUUUUAGAUGUCAGACACGUUUAUAUUACUGUGUGUGUUAUAACUAGUCAACACUUGUAUUGAAAAUGUAAUUUAUUUAAAACUUAUAGUUUUACCCUCCCAAGAUCAUGGUAAUAUUGAUUGUCGCCAUCUUGUUACAGACUUGUCCCGUUAUCUACAAGGCUGAACAUAAUAUUAUUAUCUAACAAAGAAUAGCCAUAAUAGGAUAGUUUAAUCACGUUGUUGCCCAUCGGGAUACUAACAAGUUAUUUUUCAAUUCACAUGCUGUUUAAUGUAGUAGGCUACCUUACAUAGUCACGAUCUGAUUAAGAUACAGAUCUAUAUUUCGUUUCGUUUUCUUAUACUUUUGAACUAUAAAAAAGACCCCCCUUGUCAGUGAUGCAGGACGGAGGGCCUGACAAGGACAGCUGUCUAGUCCUUCAGAUGAGACGAAAAACCGAGGUCCUGUGUAUACAUUAGAAUGCACGUAAAAGAUCCCUUGGCAGUUGGAAUUCGAUAUAAGAGUAGGCGAUAGUGCCGCUGCCCAGGCAAAAUUUCCCUCAUAGCACACUGUAUGGCGUAUGCCCGUCUUCAUUAGCCCAGCAUAAGAGCAGAACAGUAGGACGUUAAACCCCAUUUCAUUUCAUUUAAAAAAAACACGAAACGAAAUAGGAUCCAUGUUUUAAUCAGAUUAACAUAGUUGAGUGAUAGAUUGUCAUUUGGCUUCAUGUUUUUAUGUAGUGUUAGCUUUCUACGUCCUUCAGUUUAGCUUUAAAAAUAUGAUGUUUGAAAACACAUAAUUAUAAACUAUUUCUAAGUCAAUUAAUCGUGUUUGCUAAAAUUACACACCAGAUCAUUCUUUACUAACCCAAACUAAAAUUCGAGAUUCACAGUUUUAUAACAGAAACCAAAUUGAUUAGGUGAUAACAAAAUGAGAAAUCGUGAGAAAUCGAGUAUUUGGCAAAAUAUUCAUAAUUAAAUAAUUAUAGAGACAAUUCUGUGAACAUUUGUUUUGUUACCAAUAAUAAUUUAUGUUAUAAACGUUUUAAAAAGCGAUUUAAAGUGAGAUUCUUCUAGGCAUCUUUUUUCUUCAGACAACGAUGCACGCCAUUAUCAUAUAAUUUAACAGAUUAUUUAAGAUGGCAGAAUGGUGAUAUUUUAUAUCCUUUAAACUAAGAUUAAACAUACAUUAUGCAAGAUCUAAAUCUACCUAUUGCAGGUCUUUCUUUAGGCCUGAAAUGUUGUCUAAAUUAUUAAUUUGACAUUAACUUAUCCAGACCAUAAUCAACUCUCAAUGACAUCGCUAUCCUGCGAUUUAACAGAUUGGAAUACAUUUUUUGAAAAAAAAAAUAAACGUAAAAGUGGAUAAUGGAGACUUUAUUUUUUUUUCGUACCGACUUUAGUAAUAAUGAUCGAGGCUAGACCUAAAAUUCAAAAGCUAAUAUCUCGGUUCAGGGCGGUGCAAUUUGACUAAAAUUUUCAGCAUAUUCUAUUUAUGUUAUCUAUUUUUUAACUAAUAAAGCGAGAACUUUCAACUCUUUUAUCUAAUCUCCCAUAAUGCCCCUUUAAAUUAGCCAAUAAGGUGCUGUAAAUUUUGCUUUUGAAGAUGCCAAUUUGUCAUGUCGGGGCGUAUAGUGGAAUAAUAUCAAUAAUUGUGAUAUAUUUAUUAUAUGCAAUGUAUAGUACUUGUUAAAUUUUAUUUAUUUAUUAUUCGAUAUCUCACCAUUCCAAAAAUAUUUGUAUGUUUAUGUGAAAUGAUCGUUUGAUGUAUAUGGCGUCAUUUUGACAAGAACUCGAUUCAUAAUAUCAGUUGUCCAAUAUCAACACUUUUCUUCAAAAUCAAACAUUAAUUAAAUAGCCAAAUUUUAUUGUUAAGAAGAUAUCCUGAGCAUUGCCUUGUUUGUUGAUCUUGUUAAAUCAGAACUGUUGCUAUGGCAACCCCUGCUUGACUUUUUAUAAAAAUUGUUGUUGAUUGUACAAGAAGUAGAACUACACUAAAUAAAUGCACGAAUUAUAAUUAACUGUUCUGAUGUGCAAAUGAUCAUUUAUUAUAAAUGUCGUCUUUUUAAUUAAAGGCAGCAAUUAAGGGUAACCAUGGUAAUUUAAUGCAUGUGUCUUAUAUGAAGGAAGAAGAAAACAUAUUCCAACGUUACAACGAAUACCCACAUAUUUUACUUCAUCUAAUUAAAAUUAUGUCAAUAUUUCUUCAUUCCAUUUCUUGUUAGGUUGUAUUUCACCUACAGUUUGAUUUGAUACCAAUCAGUAGCGGACCUAUAUUUUGGGGAACCUUCACAACUAGCAACAAGGUCUGGAUAUCCACUGUUAUCCUCGUCAAUGAGGUGGUUAUAUUAAAGGGAAUGGAAGCUUAAAAUUUUAAAACCAAGUUCGUACCUGGACCUCAUUGGACCCAAUUCUGGCCGGUUCGUUUCAAAAUGGAUUAAGAACCCUGGUGGUUACAUACCAAUAAAAAAAAAAAUUAAUACAAAAACCACACUCAUCCGAUUCAAAAAGAACUUAAUUCCUGUAAGGCCUAACUCUCUCUAAAAUAUAUUAAGAAUGGGGAAUCUUAAACUGUCAUUUGACUCAGAAAGUGGGUUAAGCUUGCCUGUCGUUUUCAAACUUGUAAGCGAGAACCGUAUCAAAAUUCAGAGCUAAUAACAUUUUGAUUAGUUAAACACAAAGUGUAGAGCCAUAAACAGUUUAUAAGUAUGACCUUGGAGUAAACGGGAACAAAAUCAGAAAUAAUGGCAUAAAAAAAACCUAAUAGAUUCAUUUCGAUGUUGUUUCCUUUAUAAUAGGUCAUAUUUAUAAACUAUAUAGAAAUAUUUAAUAAGAGUUCUAUAGUAGAUAUAAUGUCUUUGGCAGCCAAAUGUCACCCUGUAUACCGUGUGCUUGUAUCAGUAAUGUGUUGUCAUAAUUUGUUUAAUACUUUGCACUUAUGCAUUCCAGUUUUAUUUAUACACAUUACUUAGGAUGAAUAAAACCAUAUUUUCAAA